AUGGUUCGUUUCGCACAAGUAAUCAUAGGUCCGGCCGGGAGUGGGAAGUCUUCGUACGUGUCAGCGAUGGUAAGACACGGACAGGCGCUCAACCGGACUAUCGAUGCGUUCAACUUGGAUCCGGCGGCCGAACACUUCGACUACAAUCCCAUCGCAGACGUGAGACAACUGAUAAGUGUUGAGGACAUCAUGAAUGACGAGGAGCUGAGUUACGGGCCGAACGGCGCCCUCAUCUUCGCCAUGGAAUACCUCUUGGAAAACAUGGAUUGGUUUGAGGAGCAAGCUGACGGGCCGAACGGCGCCCUCAUCUUCGCCAUGGAAUACCUCUUGGAAAACAUGGAUUGGUUUGAGGAGCAGUUGGGAGAUGUGGACAACGACUACAUACUGAUCGAUACGGCCGGACAGAUAGAGCUGUCCACUCAUCUCAAUGUCAUGUCACGACUCAUCCGUUUCCUUCAGGCGCACGACUUCAGGGUUUGCGCCAUAUUUUUGUUGGACUCGCAGUUCAUAUCCGAUAUCUCGAAGUUCUUCUCCGCGCUGAUGGUGUCCCUGUCGGCGAUGAUCAGUCUGGAGGUACCGAUCGUUAACCUGUUGACCAAAACGGAUCUGUUGGACACAACGGCGCGCAGACGUCUGGAGAGCUUUCUGGAGCCCGACUCUUACCUUCUGGAGAACCAGUCGUUCGACAAAUGGGGACAAAAGUAUCGCAAACUAACCGAAGCUUUUGGUAAACUAGUGGACGACUACUCUCUCAUUAAAUUCAUGCCAAUCAAUGUGUUGGAUGAGGACAGCCUUAAUGAUGUACUCCUAACCGUAGACAAUGCCAUGCAGUUCGAUGAGGAACAGGAGGUAAAGAUACGCGACUUCGAUGAACCAGAAGGCGAUCAAAACGAAGCCAAUUCUGAGGAUACUUGA